GGUGGAAAUAUGGGUUGGUUGGUUGGUUGAUAAAAUAACGAGGGGGAUGAAAAUGGGGGAUGAUGUUGGUGGUGGUAGAGAACCAACGAAACAGACGUUCAGACUCAUUGCUUUACCCCCAACAUUCAGUUGGUUCACAGACUCGACGGUUUCCGGACUUCUGUUUUAAAUCGUCGGGAUACUUAGAUUAACAAAGUGAAGAUUUACAACAUAUCCCUCGACAUAUCCUUGACAAUAAAAAAAAUAAUAAAAACCAUUGAUUGAUUAUAAAAAAUAUUGAAAAACAAUAAAAAAAGGUACGACUAUAUAAAAAUUAUAUUUAAAAAUAAAAAUUGGCUAUUAUUUUGAUGUUAUAUAUACAAUAAUAAAAUUAGAAAUUACCGCUCUGCUAAAUGAGUAUAAUUUAAUAUAUAUUUUAAUCAAUACAGAAAAAUUAAAUUUGAAAUAAAAAAUAUACAAAUGAAAAUAAUGAUAUCAAUGACAAUGAUAAUAUUAUUAAAUACAUUAAUGAUAAUGAUGACAAUAAUAAAUGGUCAAAGACUUGCUGAUUAUCCAUCAGCACCAUUUACAACAGUAUUGAGUACAAUGGCUUAUCGUGAUAGAAGAAAUAAAAUUGAGCCAACAUGUGAUGAAUUACGUGCAAUGUGGCGUUAUAGUAAACGACAAAGUCGUGAUGCUGAAGUUACAAAUGAUUUACCAAUGUAUCGUGAUCCAUUUUCAUAUAAUAUUUGGGAAACAUAUCCAAUAAGAUCACAAUCAUCAAUUAUUUAUCGUGAUGAUAAUGCUGGACAAGUACGUAAUCGUGGUGGUGGACGUGCACCAGUUUAUGGUAAAAUGAUACAUAAAGCACCAGCUGAAAGUAGAUUACGUAAUGGUAUGCCAAAUCGUAUUAAAGCAUUUGAAGAAGUUGCACGUAUGUAUGGUACUGUUAAUCGUCAACCACCUGAUUCAAGAAGACGUCAAUAUAAUUUUCGUGCUGGUAGUGGUACAUCAAAUGUACCACAAGCUGGAAGUUUUCAACAUUUAAAAGAAUUAAUACGUACUGAACGUGCACGUGAAUUACAGGAUCAACGAAUUGCUGAAGAAAUUGCAGCGAGAUCAGCAGCAAUGACUGAUGAUGUCGAAAAAGAUGAUAGACAAUCUGAGCUACGUGGACGUUAUAUGAAUUCAAUACAAUCAUAUCAAGAACCAAAAAAUAUUAAUUAUCAUUUUGGACAUGGACAAUAUGUACCAAGCUUAACGAAUUUUAACAAUGGAUUAUUGCGAAGUGAUGAUUCUUAUGAUCAAGAUGCCCUUUUACAUUAAUUAUAUAAUCACGAGACUUUAAUGGAAAUGUAACACGAACUGCCCCACAUUGAUUUUACAAUUCUUCCAUGACAAUGGUGAUUAUGCUGGUCUGACAAUAAAAAAAACGAAGGUAUUUAAAUCUUGUCUAUUUUUACGUAUAUUGAAGCGAAUAAAAAAAUUAAUAAUUAAUAAUGAAAAAUAAUAUACAGAGUACGAAAAAAAAAAAAAAAUUAAAAGAUUGAUUAAAUGCCACGUAGCUAUAAUAAUAGAUAAAUUCUUAAAAACUUGAAUUAAACUGGAACGAACAUAUCGGAUAUUAUUUUUUUUUCUUUUAUAUAACUAUUAUCAAAAGAAAUAAAACAGUUGAAAAUCUUUCAAGUUUAAUAAUACAAUAUUCAAUUUUAAAUAGAAAAAAAAACAAUUAAAAAAAAAAAAAAAAACAUAAUUAAAAUAGUAGUACAUAUAGAAAGAGUAAAAACAAUGAAAAAAAAAAAAAAUGAAAGAAUCAAGAUUUUUUAAAAAACAAAUUUAUUGUUAUUAUAUUUUACAUAAUUCAAAUAUCAUAUUCCAUUUUUAAUGAGAAUUUACUCUGUGUGAUAAUGUUUUUGUGGAAUAGUUGAACAAAAAUAUUAUAAAUCACGAAAAAAUUAUAUCAAAAUGGAAAAAAUAUCAAUUGGUGCUUGACUAUUUAUACAGAGUCUUAAUGAUAAUUAACAAUUUAUGAUCGAUUUAUAAAUUGACUUGAUUUCGAUCGUUAAUCACCCGAGUUCGAUAAUUAAAACAAUAUAUAUAUAUAUGUCAAAAAAUAUUUAUCAAUGAUAAUAUUAUACGACAUAUAAGUCUUAAAUAAUAUCAAAUUCCAUUGAGCAAAAAAAACAAAAUUCAAAAAAAAAAACAUUACUUUUUUAGAUUCUUAUUUAAAUUCCAAGGUUACUCUUUUGAAAAAAAAAAAAAAAAAAUUAAACUAUUGCUGUAUAAAACUUGGAACACAUUGAAAAAUAAAAAAGUGGAAAAGGAAAUUUUAACAAAUAGCUGUCGUAAUGCUGAGUAAACGAGGAGUUAUAAAGAAAAAUUUUUAAAUGCAAAAAAAAUAGAUAAAAAAAAAUAACGGAAUUGUUAGUUUUGAAUUUUAGAAUGUCAAGGAAAAAAAUGGCUUUAGUAGGAAGAAUGCAGUGCAGCUUUAUUAUAUGAUAACAAAAAUGACAAAAAUAAAAAAAAUUAAUGACCUGAAAGCAUACGCUUUGAAAAAAAAAAUUGCUGACAGGGUUACUAUGACUUAAUCGUAAAAUUUCAUAAUAUAACAUUAAAUAAUAAUUUAUCAUAUAUUUAAAAUCUUACAAUAGAUAAUUAACAGAUAAAAAAAAAAAAAAAAAACUUUUAUUUUUCCCUGCGUAUACAAGUCAAAUAAAUAAAAUAAAAAUAAUUCUCAAUGGAAAUGAUUAGUAAUAGGGUGGCAAUGACAAUAAUUUUUUCCUCAUUAUA